ACUGCUCUCGCGGUCCAGUCACACCGCCACGUUCUCCUCGAAUCCAUUGCCCACCGUGUGCCUCGAUCAGUUGGAAUUUUGACGUUUGUGAUACCCGAGUGAUCGCCCCGACUUCGAUUUACCCCAACGGACAGUGAACCGGAACGAGGUUUUCCGCCCUACCCCCGAUUUUUCGCGAUGUGACAAAACUGGUUUUCACCGUGGCACUCGUCGCUUGGGAAGAAUGUAGGAAGCUUGAGAGGAAAAGUUGAAUCAAAUUUUUUUAUAUUCAAGUGGCGGUUGGUGUGCAACAAGGACACGCGUGUCGUACGGUAUCGUUGCUUCGUUUCCAAACUACACCUUCAUCGGUGGAACAAUCUUCAGUCGCAGUUACAGAGGCGACAAUCGGCAUCGCCGUACCGCGGUGUUGAAGAAAACAAACAGUAUUUUAGAACGACGCAAAUCGGUUCUUACGCGUUAAUUACCCAACGAAAUCAUUGAGAUUCAACAGUGGCUGUAGAUAAUUGCGGGAUAACUUUCCCGUUUCGUUGAAAUUUCGCCAAUGAUCAGUGGUUUUACGACGAGGAAGACGUUGCAGUGUUGAAAAGAAAAUCAAUAUCGUGCUACUCCAGUGAUAAAUUCUCCACCGUGAUGGUGUUAAUUCGUUUUACUCAAAAACCAAUUACUUCCGGCUAAACCGAUCGAAUACAAACAAACAAUUGUACGUGGAACUAGCAUUUCAACCGGCUGGUCAAUGACCGUUAAUAGCGGUACGAUAAUCAACGUUGACAGGUGGUUUUGAAUUUUUUUCACACCACUCGAAACUGGAGCCAGCUGAACGCUGUCCGACGGCAAACGAUUGCUCUCGACUCCCGACCCAGCUUUGGAUUCAAAAAUACUCCGAAGUGACGUAGAAGACGGAAAUCUUCCAUAGAGUGAUUUUCAGUAGUAACGGACAGAGCUGUGCAACAUGUGAGUGAACUGUGCAAAAGGGGUAUGAAUAUCUGCAGAACCCUCGCGUAGUGCGCGUCACGACAGACGGGAUGAACGAAAGGUUGGAAGAAAAAAAACUGCAUUCCACGGACCCGAUGGUUGUAAGAAAAAAGUGAACACCGCUGGACACUGUCGCAAAUGUCGUCAAACGAGUUGCCAAACGUUGCCAAGAGAAAUUAGUCAAUCGUUGGAAGUAAUCGUUGCAACAAUCAACACCGCGAACGAUAGUAUCUUUACCCUAUACCGCGGAACGGCGCUGAUGAUAAAUGCGAGUUUUGGAAAAGUCGAUAAAGUAGCGGAUCUCCGUCGGAGAAGAACGGCGUAAAGUUGGUACCAAAAAUGGUCCUCGAACCAGGAGGUGGUCUGUCGUUCCCCCCGCCUCCUGGUGGCGGCUCUUCCGGAUCCGGUGGCUCGCUGCUCGCUCCAACCCGCCUGUUCCCGAGGGCUGCGCCGGUCUUCCCGUUCCACUUGGCGGCAUGGCAUCCGCACCAUCCGGUUCUCGGCCAGGUCCAGACCCAGGUCCAGCAGACGAUGCAUCAUCAGGCCGCGGCGGCCGCUGCUGCGGUCAGGUUCUUCAACCACCACCACUCCCACCACCCUCAUCCCGCCCUCGGGAAUCACCCUCUGGGACCCGGGAUCGGGGCUCAUCACGCCGGGACUCAUCACCUUCAUCACAACGCGGAUCACGGCGACGAAGACGACGACAAGAAAGGGUGCGACGGUGAGUCGGACGAAGGUGGAAGCAAGCGGCGAAGAAGUAGAACCAAUUUUAACAGCUGGCAAUUGGAGGAAUUGGAAAGGGCGUUUCUGGCCAGUCAUUACCCGGACGUAUUUAUGAGAGAAGCCCUGGCGGUGAGACUGGACCUGAAGGAAAGUCGCGUCGCUGUGUGGUUUCAGAACCGUAGAGCCAAGUGGAGGAAGAAGGAGCACACGAAAAAGGGCCCCGGACGACCGGCGCACAAUGCGCAUCCCCAGAGCUGCAGCGGGGAGCCGAUUCCUCCGGAGGAGCUUAGGAGGAAGGAGCGGGAAAGACGGCAGAAGAAAUUGCUCAAGGCUCUUGAGAGACAGCAACGGAAGCUCGCCGCCAAGGGAAUCUCUGUGGACCUGUCGACUCUGAGAGCGGAAUGGGAGUCCCGAAGCGCAGCGGCGUCUGCGGGAGGUUCGCUGAGCCAGAUAAACGGGUCGUUCGGUCACCUGGGCAACGCCGAGGGCAGCGUUUCCGGUUCCGGGAACGACGUAAACGAGGAAAUCGACGUAGUCGGAGGGCUGGACUCGUGCAGCGAGAGCGGCAGCGAGCAAGUAGAUUCCACGGCCGACGGUUCGAUCGACGGUGAAUGUCACUCGAGGUCCGGCGAGGUGGACUCGAGGCGGCUUCACCCGGGCAGCCACGGACAGACACCGAACGGUCUGAACCUGAACCUGAACCUUAACCACCAGCAGGGGAUCCAUCAUUGGGGUCUGAGCCUCCUCGAGCGAAGGCGAGAGCUGCAGGUGAACCUGGGAAACGCGGGUCUGAAUACGGGGGCGAACCACCUCCAGGAUCAGGACCGAAACGGGGACGAGGAGGUGCAGAGCAGCAGCAUAGAUCUCUCGGUGAAGGGGCGGGAGGAGAGGAAGAGGCUUAACCCCUUCUCGAUCGACAGUCUCCUCGGCAACAACAGGGUGCCGACGCCUGGUUUGCAGAGUCCCCGGGUGAACUGUAACAACAAUAGUAACGGUAGCAACAAUUACAACGGCAGUAGCAAUACCAAUCACAAUAACAAAAGCAACGUAUGCGGCGGCAACAACAACAACAACAGCAACAACAACAACAACAACAACAACAACAGCAGCAGCAGCAACAACAACAACAACAACGACCGUUCGAUCACACCGACGAACGGCACUUCAUCCCCGAUAUCGCCGCUUUCCCUACCUACUUCGCCCUCGACUACGUAAUAAUAUGCGCCGGACGAGGUGACGGGGGGGGGGGGACGAUUUUUAAAGAUUUGAAAACGAAAGUGUAGGCAAUAGGUGUAUACUAUAUCACUUCCAACAUAUCCGCGUACGUUUGUAUUGGUCAUUCAAGUCGUAUAAUAAUACUGUAUACUUAUGUAGAGGGAAGAAGAGAGAGAGAGAGAGAGAGAGAGAGAGAGAGAGAGAUAGAGAGAGGAUUUUGAGAGAGAGUUUCGGUUUCAGCCUAGACUGAAGCGGUGGAUAUUCUUCUCAUUUCUCCCUUUAUCGAUAUGACGUAAAUAAUACGUUAUUAGAGUGUGUAUGUACGAAAAAUGAACGAAUAUAACAUUAUUACCUAGAUUUAAAAAAAGGGCCGGAUCUCCGAGGCUGAAGAACGAAAGACUGUGAAUAAAUAAUCGAUUCGAACCAUAUGUUUUAUGGUUCGAAGCUAGUACUUUAUGUUUCUAUGUAUCGAAUUAUUAUCAGCAUCAUUAUUAUUAUUAAUAUCAUUAUUAUCAUGAUUAUUAUUAUUAUUAUUAUUAUUAUUAGUAUUAUUUCGUAUGAUUAUGAUAACGUAUAAUGUGCAAUAACACGUGUUUUACCGCGAUAAAGUACCUAUUACAAUAUAUAUAUUAUACGCGUGAUAAUUCUGCCGCAGACUUAUAAUAUGACACCCGUAUGCGUAUUAUGAUUUAAAACGUUUGCGGUAAACUGUAUUUAAUGUAAAUAGUGUAGAAAUUAUAUAAAUAUAUGAACAUAUAUAUAUAUAUAUAUGUAUGUAUAUAUAUAUAUGAAUAUAGGUACUUAAUUAACUGACCUAAUGAAACUGAGGUGAACUUAUAAGGAAAAUGUUCGUUGUGAGAAAGGAAGAGAAACAACACAAAUCGAAAAAACGCAACAAAAAAAAAAAAAAAAGGAAAUACCUAGUGUUCGAAUUAAAUAUAUUAUUUAAAGCAAUAGAAAAGGGUCUCGAAUUGUACAUAUAAUA